AUGGGGAGAUGGGCAGUUUUGUGUCUUCUGCUGUUGGUCCUUUCGGACUUCGCCAGGUGCCAGAAAAAGAGACGGAAGGGAUUGAAGUCAAGCAACCUUGCCUUAAGAGAUGAAGGACAAGGCAUGAUAUGCUCCAUGGAUAUUGCGUUCAUCUUGGACAGUUCGGAAAGUGCCAAGACGUUCCUGUUCGAGAAGCAGAAGGCCUUUGUGCGCAGCUUCAGCGAGCGCGUCAUGCCCAUGCAGCUGGUUGGGUGGCACCUCAAGAUCCGGCUGGCGGCUCUGCAGUUCAGCAGCUCCGUCAGCAUCGACCACAACUUCUUGGACUGGCAGGAUGUGGACGUGUUCCAGAGCCGUGUCAGUGCCAUGGUGUACAUCGGUCAGGGCACCUACUCCUUCUAUGCCCUUACCAACGCCACACAGCUCUUCACGCAGGAGACAAGCCCCGAAAAUGUCCGGGUGGCCAUCCUCAUGACAGACGGCGUGGACCACCCAAGGAGCCCCAAUGCCAUCGGAGCUGCCGCAGAGGCCAAGAGCCACAACAUCAAGGUGUUCGCCAUCGGACUGUCGGACUUGGCGCGGGAGGCCCAGAACAGCGCCAAGCUGCGGUCCAUCGCCAGCAGCCCAUCGCAGAAGUAUGUCCACAGCCUGACGGACCCCCUUCUUGAGGACAAACUGCUCAGAGAGCUGAUUUCCAUUGGCAGUGAAGAAUGUCCCCAGCCAGUACCAUGUCUGUGUGAGAAAGGGGCCAGAGGUCCUCCAGGAAACCCAGGUAAAAAGGGGGAACCAGGCUAUGACGGUACCCCUGGUCAGAAGGGAGCAAAGGGAGAACCAGGCGUUAGCGGCCGUCCAGGAAUCGACGGUACUGAGGGAAGGCCGGGUUUCAAAGGGGAAGUGGGCGAGAGGGGAGAGUGUGGAGCCCCAGGGGAAAAGGGAGAAAGAGGCCAGGAGGGACCCCCGGGACCACGAGGGCCCAGAGGAGAGCCAGGUCUAACAGGACCUUCUGGAGAUCAAGGUCCAGAAGGCCAAGGGGGACCCAAGGGAGAACGCGGACCCAUCGGUGCACCUGGACCACCAGGUGACACCGGCACUGGAUUUCCCGGCCCGAAGGGAGAGAAGGGGAACCAGGGAAGAGCUGGACCACCUGGUCCUGUAGGCAUCGGGGAGCCAGGUCUUCCAGGUCCCCCAGGCCCUCAGGGGCCACAGGGAAGUCAAGGUCUCCCAGGAGAGGGUCUAUCGGGUCCCAAGGGCGAUCGAGGGUACGAAGGGCCAAAGGGUGUCCGUGGUUUCCCAGGUCUGGGCAUCAAGGGGGAGAAGGGAGAUCCUGGACCUCCAGGGCUACCUGGGCCUGUGGAAAUUAUAGGAGGGGGUAUUCAAGGAGAGAAGGGGGACCAAGGGCCAGUGGGUCCCCCUGGCCCCAGAGGACCUCCAGGCUUGGGGUUCAUGGGACCAAAGGGAAACCAGGGCUUCCCAGGGGAGCCAGGAUCCCCUGGAGAGAGAGGGGUUGGAGAGCCUGGUCCCAAAGGGGACCCUGGACCACAGGGACCACCUGGAAGUCCGGGCAUCCCAGGAGAAGAUGGAACUGUUGGCCCCAAGGGUGACAUAGGGCUACCAGGACCCAGGGGUCCAGAUGGUGCCCCAGGGAAAGGUGUCCCAGGAGAAAAGGGUGAUCGAGGAGACAGGGGUCUCAGAGGACUGCCAGGUCCAGUAGGAGCCAUGGGAUCAGCUGGGCCAAAGGGAGAACCAGGAAGCACUGGACGCGUUGGCCUUCCUGGGCCGCCUGGCCGAGGUAUUCCAGGUCCCAAGGGAGACCCUGGCCCAGUUGGGCCGCCUGGACCAAUAGGAGAGCCAGGAAUUGGGAUCCCUGGACCCAAGGGUGAGAGAGGAUUGCCAGGAUCACCCGGACCAUCUGGACUGAAAGGAGAUGGUUAUGCGGGGCCUCCGGGAUCACCAGGGUUGCCAGGACCACCCGGAGAGAUCGGACCUGAGGGUAAAGGACUUGCUGGAUCAAAGGGAGACCGGGGAGGUCCAGGCCUUCCAGGACCACCGGGACCACCAGGAAUUGGGCAGAUGGGUCCUAAGGGUUUAAGGGGUCAGCUUGGCCCCCCUGGUUUACCGGGUGCGCCUGGAGAAGGUAUACAAGGACCAAAGGGGGAGUCUGGAUUUCAGGGCCUGCUUGGACCAAGGGGACCCCCAGGGGAGGGUCUCCCUGGGGAAAAGGGAGACAGAGGACUUCCUGGGGACAGGGGUCGAAAGGGAGAAAAGGGGGAGCUGGGAGAGCCAGGAAACGCAGGACCUCAGGGCCGAUCUGGACAAAAAGGAGAACCUGGUUUAACGAGAGAAGACAUUAUCAAAAUAGUCAGAGCGAUUUGUGGAUGUGGUGUGAAAUGUCGGGAGAGUCCCCUCGAUCUGGUCUUCAUCAUUGACAGUUCCGAGAGCGUUGGCCCUGGCAACUUCAACUCCAUAAAGGACUUCAUGAAUACUAUGAUCGACCGUGUGUCGGUGAGCCGUGAGGCCACGCGUGUCGGGGUGGUCCUCUACAGUCACGUCACCGUGCUGAUGAUGGGCUUGCAGCAGCAGGCCAACCAGGAUGAGGUGAAAGCUGCAGUGCGAAGGAUGCCCUACUUGGGCGAAGGGACCUUCACUGGCAGUGCCAUCAGGCGAGCCAACCAGGUGUUCCAGGCUGCUCGGCCCGGCGCCCACAAGGUGGGCAUCCUCAUCACCGACGGCCAGGCAGACAAGAGGGAUCCCAUCAGGCUCGAGUCUGCUGUCCGGGAGGCCCACGCAUCCAACAUCGAGAUGUUUGUCAUCGGCGUGGUGAAUGACAGCGGUCCCUUAUAUGUGGACUUCAAGAAUGAAGUCAACACCAUCGCCUCCGACCCUGACGAAGAGCAUGCCUUCCUGAUCGAUGAUUUCACUGCGCUCCCCACCCUGGAACGCAAACUGCUGAGCCGUAUCUGCGAGGGUGAAGACACAUCUCAUAUCCCUGGUAUAAUCCCUGAAGACCUCUUCCCGCCUGGUAGCAUCACCGAGCCAUUUGUGGACUCAGCAGAGAAGACCCCGACACCAGCACUCAAUGGGGACAUCGAGAGAACAUUCGAAGAGCCAGAACCUCCAGCUGAGCCACUAGAGCCGACUCUUCAAGAGAGUCUCGAUCUGGGCAGCAAUAACAGACUCAACAGCAAUAACAAUAAGCACCUCAACAACAAUAAGAACCACCAUAAAGGUUGCAGACAGCCUCUGGACCCGGGCCCUUGUCGGCAGUACGUGGUGAGAUGGUACUAUGAUGCCAUUGCCAACGCGUGUGCCCAGUUCUGGUUUGGAGGCUGUAAAGGGAACCAGAACCGGUUUGACACGGAGGACAGCUGCAGAAAAGCUUGCGUCACAGUUUAA